AUGUUGCAGUAUCACUUUGCUCUUAAUGGAGAUUCUCUGAAACUGAAGAACCGUUUGAAGCUAUUCAAAUCCAUUUGGCCCACACUUGCCUUGCAUGAUGAGCUGAUGGACUGUCAUAGUCAAUGUAUUGAUAGUUAUUCUCUUUGCCAGUCUUUCAACAUAAUCAAUCACGUUGUCGCAAAGAUAUCACUUUGUAAAAGGUUACUGUUUCAUGAUGAAGAAGGUGGGGAUUUGAAAGAGGUUGCUCUGGAAAUGCAAAUCUGGAACAGGGAAGAGCACAAGCACAUUCACCUUCCCCACUCCUCCUAG